AUGGAUGCCAAGCAAUCCUUCCCAGGAGGCUACGAGCAGGCACUUCCCAUGCUCACUCGGCCUUCAGUGGCCGCUGCCUCAACAUGGUCUGAAGCCGUUCCCAAUCUUAACACAGACCCCUAUGCAACAUCAAUGCUAUCGCAUCCUCCAACUACGGCUGCACCGCCGCCUCAGGCUGCCGCGCCAGCUGCAGUGCCCAAUGCAGCAGCCCAGCAACCAGCUCAAGUGACAACCACGGCCACCACCACCACCACCACCACAGACCGCAAUGCCCCUUCCAAAGUGCGCAAGCCCCGGAAGGCGGCCAAUGCCUCGGCGGGAAAGUCCACGCUCUUCUGGGUCAAUUCCGACCAGGACUCAGCCGCCUCGGGAACCAAGGAAGAAACCCUGAAGCGCAUUCGGUCCCAUGUCAUGUCAGAACACAAUCGCAAGAAGCGAUUGGAAAACACUAAGAAAUAUAAAGGCAAAUCCUGGAAGAACCUGGCCUUUCAGCCUCCAGAGACGAUCCCGGGGGGGAUGGGUCCACCCCGACCCACGGCGUCCAUUUCCUCAUCCUCGUCGAGCAGCAGCCGCUGGGGCUCACAUGUUAGUGAGUCGCCCCCGCCGAAGCAUGAAUUAGUUCCUACAUCGUCUGCCGUGGAGUAUUAUACGCCCGCGACAACCGCAACGGCAUCAUGGGCAGGGCAAACGUGGAGCGAGGAUUCAUGGGAUGACGGUAGUUAUGAUGGGGCCGUGGAUUACCCUGCUAAACUGACACGAUAUUCUCCUUGGUCGUAUGUGGGAUCGGGGGUACAUGACCCGUUCAAUACGGGACAUACACAGCUGACAGAUCUCCUGUGGGAUUUGACCCAAGAAGCGCACCCAUUGCAAACGCGGUAUAAACCCAAGUUGCAGGCCCACUGGGCUGCUCUCAUUCAGAGAGACCCCGCCAUUCUCCAUGCGGCAAUUUGCAUGUCCACUUCCAACGCGGCCAUGCAACGGGGCGAGUUGCCCAUUCGGGAUCCGAAUCAGCAUCGCAGUGCGCUGGUGGUGGAUACAUUCCACCAUCGAGGCGAGACGAUUCGAUUGGUGAAUGAGGGUCUAUCGGAUCCGGUCAAGUGUUCUAGUGAUGAAUUGAUUGCUGCGGUGUCUACGUUAUUAACCAUCGAGAUUGCAUCGGGUAACCCCGAUUAUCUAAAGAUCCAUCUGGCCGGCUUGCGUCAAAUGAUUGGAAUGCGCAAGAACUUUGCCGACGUUCCACCUGACGUCCGAUUCCAGAUAAAUUGGACGGACAUCCGAGUCGCGUGCAUGGCGCUCACCAAACCCAUCUUCCCCUUCGUCCGCUGCACACGUCCCCCAGGCCUCUCGCUCCUCCCACCCAACGACGACGUCGCCCUCUGCGCAACCCGUCUUCUCCCACUCUUGAAAAUCCCCGGCAUCUUCAGCGACUCCUUCUCCAAGAUAAUCUACGACCUCCUCGAACUCUCCUGGUACGCCGAGUGGAUCAAAGGUAGCAGCGGCUACAAGGAAUUCGACGAAGAGACCGAGGACUACUUCAACUUCGAAGUGCUCUACGUCGAGUACUCCCUCCACGCAGACCGAUACACGCCCACCGGCCAAAUCAAGGGCGACAACUCCAUCGAGGGCUGCACACGGCUUGCCUGUCUCUGCUUCCACAACAGCGCCAUCUGGAGCUUCUACCCCAUGCUUGCGCCGCUCCUUCCAAAACCCCUCCUCGCCCUGCGCGCCGCACUAGAAGCCACCAUCCACUCGGGCCUAUUCGCGCUGUGUCGCGAUCUCCUGAUCUGGGUGCUUUUCAUCGGCGCUGCAUGUAGCCAGGUGAUGCCCUCUGAACGCACGUUCUUCGUCACCGAACUCGCCUCCGCGGCGACGCUGCAUGGUGUGACAUCCUGGCAGGAGUGCCGGUCUAUUCUGCUCGGCUUUUUCCAUGCAGACCGGGUCCAUCUCGUCACAUUGAGACAGGUGUGGCAGGAGGUUCAGGGACGGAUGGACCCGGCUGCUGUGUGA